UCGACUCUCCGCCUCGAAGGCUUGCGCGAGGGAGAGCGAGAGAGAGAGAGAGGGAGCCAAGAUGGCGGACAAGACGCCAGGCGGUUCGCAGAAGGCCAGCGCGAAGGCCAGACCUCCAGAUACAACCCGUUCCACUUCAUCUCCAGAACCUCAUCAGCCGCUUUUAGAAAACAAACUUAAAGCAUUCAGUAUUGGCAAGAUGAGUGCUGCCAAGAGGACUUUAAGCAAAAAGGAGCAGGAGGAAUUGAAGAAAAAGGAGGAUGAAAAGGCUGCUGCAGAAAUUUAUGAAGAAUUCCUUGCGGCAUUUGAAGGAAGUGAUGGCAGUAAAGUGAAGACGUUUGUCAGAGGAGGCAUUGUUAAUGCAUCCAAAGGAGACCAUGACACAGAUGAAAAACGAGGAAAAAUCUACAAACUUUCAUCACGCUUUGCUGAUCAAAAAAGUCAACCGAAAGAGUCUUCGUCCUCUAAUGAGAGGCCUCCAUCCCUUCUAGUGAUAGAAACGAAAAAGCCGCCGUUGAAGAAGGGGGAAAAAGAAAAGAAGAAAAGCAAUUUGGAGCUUUUUAAAGAGGAAUUAAAACAAAUUCAAGAAGAGCGUGAUGAAAGGCAUAAAACAAAAGGGAGAUUAAGUCGAUUUGAGCCUCCUCAAUCCGAUUCAGAUGGCCAGCGCCGCUCCAUGGAUGCACCUUCAAGAAGAAACAGAUCUUCGGGUGUAUUAGAUGACUAUGCUCCAGGUUCUCAUGAUGUAGGAGACCCGAGUACAACAAAUUUGUACCUUGGAAACAUUAAUCCCCAGAUGAAUGAAGAGAUGUUAUGUCAGGAAUUUGGACGCUUUGGACCUCUAGCAAGUGUCAAAAUUAUGUGGCCAAGAACUGAUGAAGAAAGAGCAAGGGAAAGGAAUUGUGGAUUUGUGGCCUUCAUGAACAGGAGAGAUGCUGAACGUGCAUUGAAGAACUUAAACGGGAAGAUGAUCAUGUCUUUUGAAAUGAAAUUAGGCUGGGGAAAAGCUGUCCCUAUUCCUCCACAUCCUAUAUACAUUCCCCAUUCGAUGAUGGAGCAUACUCUCCCACCGCCUCCUUCAGGACUGCCAUUUAAUGCUCAGCCCAGAGAGAGGUUGAAGAACCCCAACGCACCCAUGUUGCCACCACCCAAAAACAAAGAGGAUUUUGAGAAGACUCUGUCGCAAGCCAUAGUCAAAGUGGUUAUCCCAACAGAAAGGAAUUUGCUUGCGCUGAUACAUCGAAUGAUAGAAUUUGUGGUGCGUGAGGGACCCAUGUUUGAAGCCAUGAUUAUGAAUAGAGAAAUCAACAACCCAAUGUUCAGGUUUUUGUUUGAGAAUCAGACUCCGGCCCAUGUAUACUACAGGUGGAAGCUUUAUUCAAUUCUACAGGGUGACGCUCCAACCAAAUGGAGGACUGAAGAUUUCCGUAUGUUUAAAAAUGGCUCAUUUUGGAGACCACCUCCUUUGAAUCCUUAUCUCCAUGGAAUGUCAGAAGAACAAGAACCCGAAGCCUUUGUAGAGGAGCCAAGCAAGAAGGGCGCACUUAAGGAGGAACAGAGGGACAAAUUAGAGGAAAUCCUGCGUGGGUUAACACCGCGUAAGAAUGAUAUUGGAGAUGCAAUGGUUUUCUGUCUUAAUAAUGCUGAAGCCGCAGAAGAAAUUGUAGACUGCAUUGCUGAGUCGCUAUCCAUCUUGAAAACUCCACUUCCCAAAAAGAUUGCAAGAUUAUAUUUGGUUUCUGAUGUGCUAUACAAUUCAUCUGCAAAAGUUGCCAAUGCUUCAUAUUACAGAAAAUUUUUUGAGUCAAAAUUAUGUCAGAUAUACUCUGAUCUGAAUGCAACCUACCGAGCAAUACAAGGGCAUCUGCAAUCUGAAAACUUCAAGCAACGGGUAAUGACAUGCUUCAGAGCAUGGGAAGACUGGGCGAUUUAUCCAGAACCAUUUUUGAUCAAACUGCAGAAUAUUUUCUUGGGGCUUGUAAAUAUUAUUGAAGAAAAGGAAACAGAGGAAGUACCUGAUGAUCUUGAUGGAGCUCCUAUUAUUGAGGAAGAGCUUGAUGGUGCUCCUCUAGAAGAUGUGGAUGGAAUUCCUAUUGAUGUUGCUCCCAUUGAUGACCUUGAUGGAGUUCCUAUUAAGUCGCUUGAUGAUGAUCUUGACGGUGUACCUUUGGAUGCUACUGAAGAGUCUAAAAAGAAUGAGCCAAUUUUCAAAGUUGCCCCUUCAAAGUGGGAAGCAGUGGAUGAAUCUGCACUUGAAUCACAAGCGGUAACAACAUCUAAAUGGGAACUGUUUGACCAGCAUGAAGAAUCAGAAGAGGAGGAAAAUCAGAACCAAGAGGAAGAGAGUGAAGAUGAGGAAGAUACCCAGAGUUCUAAAUCAGAGGAGCAUCAUAUGUACUCCAAUCCUAUCAGAGAAGAAAUGUCUGAUUCAAAGUCUUCAAGCAAAUACUCAGAAAUGAGUGAGGAAAAACGUGCCAAACUCCGAGAGAUUGAGCUAAAGGUAAUGAAGUUUCAAGAUGAACUGGAAUCUGGAAAAAGGCCCAAAAAGCAAGGCCAGAGUCUUCAAGAACAGGUCGAACACUACCGUGACAAACUGCUCCAGAGGGAGAAGGAAAAGGAAAUGGAGAGGGAAAGGGAAAGAGACAAAAAAGACAAAGAAAAAUCUGAAUGCAGAUCAAAAGACAAAAAGGAAAAAGAAGAAUGUACGCCAACAAGGAAAGAGAGGAAACGGCGACACAGCACGUCGCCCAGCCCGUCCCGGAGCAGCGGAAGCAGACGAGCGAAAUCGCCAUCACCCAAAUCAGAACGCUCAGAGCGAUCUGAGAGAUCACACAAAGAGAGCUCACGUUCCAGGUCUUCUCACAAAGAUUCUCCCAGAGAUGCCAGUAAAAAAGCCAAAAGGUCACCAUCUGGCUCAAGGACACCCAAAAGAUCAAGAAGAUCACGAUCCAGGUCACCUAAAAAGUCAGGAAAAAAAUCCAGAUCCCAGUCCCGCUCUCCACACAGAUCCCACAAGAAAUCAAAGAAAAGCAAACACUGACAAACUCUUUUAUUUUUAUGAUGCUGUCACUUACUGGAAAUGCGGUUUUGGUUUUGUGCCUGAAAAGUCUGUUUAACAAAACAAAAAGCAUUCCUAAUCUUUUUUUGUGAAUGCACGUGUAUACUCAUGAGUAACUGCAUUGGUAGACCUCUCAUUGUUUUAUAUUGUACAAAUACCUUCAUUGUGGCUACUUCCCAAAAUAAGAUUUUGUGUUUAGAAACUUCAUCGGAAAUGUGUGUAACUGAUCUGCUGGCAGUAGUGAUAUUUUGUUUUAGAAUGUUGUGAAUUAUGAGGGAAAACACUAUUGUUCCCCUCGCCUCCCCCCCCCCCCUUUUUGUAGCUUUGACAACUUGGAAUUAGAUUUCAAAUAAAAUCUGAAAAGAAAAUGAAAAAAAUAUAUGGUGGUUUCUUACCCCUCUGACAAGGAUUCCCUGUCCGUAGUUUCCCAACACAAGGCUGCAAAAGCAAGCCUCUUAACACAAUUCUUCCAUCUGGCGGUCAGGUUAGAAGGCUUUUCUGGCUAUGUUGGGAUUUAUCACUUGACCCAAUAAUUUCAAAAUUGCUUUUUGUUCAGUUCAGGACCAUUGUAGGGAGCGAAUCCUUUAAUUUUUGUUUUGGACUGUAUCUUGAUUUCAUGUAGCCUACAGACAUAGUGAAGUCCCUUAUUCUCUACCUGCCCUACUCUCUGAUCUGAAGCUGUGAUAGCCAGAAUAUAAAUGAUAGAUCCACCCUUCAAAGGCAAGUGGAUCUGAAUGAUCUGUAUCUGAAAACCAAGUAGUGAUUAUUGGUUGCUUUAGAAGGAUGAUCACCAUUUGCAGCUCUUUCCUAGCUGUAAUACCAAAAUAUACCAUAGAAGGAAAAAAUAAGUUGUGGGUUUUUGAAGCCUGGAAUUGAAAUUUUGGCAUUUCGUACUUGCCCUCUCACUUUGUUCUCAUGAAGUUCUCAAGCCAUUCAUAGCAGCUUCAUACUGGUGAAUGGUUAGACUAGAUUUUAGAUUUUAACCCAGUGGGUGAGGGCAGUAUUAGUACACAUUUCUGAAACUGGAAAGAAAAGCUGGUAUUGUACACACUUUUAAUGCAUGCGGUUCUUCUACUUGCAUUUCACAUGUGGUACUUCAGGGUUCCUGUCUGAAAUACCCAGUCACACAUAGGAAUGUUGCAAGAUGUACAGUUCUUCACUAAAUGUGGAAACUAUCUCAGUUGGCAUCUUGGUGAAUUGGUACUGAAGCCAGAGUAUAAAAUGUAAUUGUUUCUUUUCACAGAAGCAGUGAAAACAGAAGCUAUAACUCCUUUCAACAAAUACUGUCAGAAUGAUCAUAACUUUAAAAAAAAUACAGACAUAAUGAAUUGUCUUUAUAAAGUGGCUUUUAUUCUGGAAGGUGACCUUGUAAAUGCAUUUUUGUAUUGAAUUCAUCCUUUGGCUGUGAAAAUUGUUGAAAAAGAGUAGCAGAAAAUAGAUUUUUUUAACUUGUAUCUUUUUUCUAAUAUACUUGUACUCCCUCCCCUCCCCAUCUCCCCCCUGAUUUUGGAUGCCCUUUUGUUUUAAACAUGCUUUUCUCUUUUGGCAUUGAUAUAGCAUCGCACCUCCUCUGGGUCACUUAACUUUUUUUCCAUGAAAGAAAAGUCACAAAAGUUCACUGUUUGUUUCCUGGAGGAGUGGGCAGAUUGUAAUAAAUAUGCAAAGUUUAAAGGGA